GGAAGCCACGCCCACCGCGCACUUCGGGCUCCCGCCCGCUCCUUCAGUGCUCCUGGGCCGACCCGGCCUCGCCUUCCCAAUGGCGCAAGUUCCGGGGGAAGUGGACAACAUGGAGGGGCUACCUGCCCCCAACAACAACAACCCUGCGGCCCGCUGGGAGAGUCCCGACCGGGGCUGGGAGCGGGAGCCGCCGGCCGCCUCCACCGCAGCUGCUUCGCUCUUCGAGUGCUCCCGGAUCAAGGCCUUGGCAGAUGAGCGGGAGGCCGUGCAGAAGAAAACUUUCACCAAGUGGGUGAACUCGCAUCUCGCCCGCGUGGGCUGCCACAUCGCCGAUCUCUACUCGGACCUCCGGGAUGGCUUCGUGCUCACGCGGCUCCUGGAAGUGCUGUCGGGGGAGCAGCUGCCGAGGCCUACGCGCGGCCGCAUGCGGAUCCACUCGCUGGAGAACGUGGACAAGGCGCUGCAGUUCCUGAAAGAGCAGCGCGUCCACCUGGAAAAUGUGGGAUCGCACGACAUCGUGGACGGGAAUCACCGGCUGACGCUGGGAUUGGUCUGGACCAUAAUCCUGCGCUUUCAGAUUCAGGUCAUCAAAAUUGAGACUGAGGACAACAGGGAGACGCGCUCGGCCAAGGACGCCCUGCUCUUGUGGUGCCAGAUGAAGACGGCUGGUUACCCCGAGGUAAACAUCCAGAAUUUCACCACCAGCUGGCGGGAUGGUCUGGCCUUCAAUGCCCUCAUCCACCGGCACAGGCCCGACCUCGUGGACUUCAGCAAACUCGCCAAGUCCAACGCCAACUACAACCUGCAGAGGGCCUUCCGCACGGCGGAGCAGCACCUGGGGCUGGCGCGGCUGCUGGACCCUGAAGAUGUGAACAUGGAGGCCCCAGAUGAGAAAUCCAUCAUCACCUAUGUGGUCUCUUUCUACCACUAUUUCUCCAAGAUGAAGGCUCUGGCUGUGGAGGGGAAGCGGAUCGGGAAGGUGCUGGACCAGGUGUUGGAGGUGGGAAAGAUCAUAGAGCGCUACGAGGAGCUGGCGGCCGAGCUGCUGGCCUGGAUCCACCGCACCAUUGCCCUCAUCAGCAACCAGAAGUUUGCCAACUCCCUGAGCGGGGUGCAGCAGCAGCUGCAGGCUUUCACGGCCUACUGCACACUGGAGAAGCCCGUCAAGUUUCAGGAGAAGGGCAACCUGGAGGUGCUGCUCUUCAGCAUCCAGAGCAAACUCCGGGCCUGCAACCGUCGCCUCUUCGUGCCUCGGGAGGGCUGCGGCAUCUGGGAUAUAGACAAGGCAUGGGGCCAGCUGGAGAAGGCGGAGCAUGAGCGGGAGGCUGCCCUGCGGGCCGAGCUGAUCCGACAGGAGAAGCUGGAACUCCUGGCCCAGAGGUUCGACCACAAGGUGGUGAUGAGGGAGAGCUGGCUGAACGAGAACCAGCGCCUGGUCUCCCAGGACAACUUUGGGUACGAGCUGCCGGCAGUGGAGGCAGCCAUGAAGAAGCACGAGGCCAUUGAGGCGGACAUCGCAGCCUACGAGGAGCGGGUGCAGGGUGUGGCGGAACUGGCGCAGGCGUUGGCAGCCGAAGGCUACUAUGAUGCCCGGCGGGUGGCCGCUCAGCGUGACAGCGUCCUGCGCCAGUGGGCCCUGCUGACCGGACUAGUAGGUGCCCGGAGAAGCCGGCUCGAGCAGAACCUGGCCCUGCAGAAGGUCUUCCAGGAGAUGGUCUACAUGGUGGACUGGAUGGAGGAGAUGCAGGCUCAGCUGCUGUCCCGGGAGUGCGGGCAGCACCUGGUGGAGGCGGACGACCUGCUGCAGAAGCAUGGGCUGCUGGAGGCAGACAUUGCGGCCCAGAGCGAGCGCGUGGAAGCCCUCAACGCCGCAGCCCUGCGUUUCUCCCACCUGCAGGGCUACCAACCCUGCGACCCGCAGGUCAUCUGCAACCGCGUGAACCACGUGCACGGCUGUCUGGCAGAGCUGCAGGAGCAGGCGGCGCGGCGACGCGCGGAGCUGGAAGCCUCACGGAGCCUGUGGGCGCUGCUGCAGGAGCUGGAGGAGGCCGAGUGCUGGGCGCGCGACAAGGAGCGCCUCCUGGAGGCCGCGGGCGGCAGCGGCGCGGGCGGCCUGCGGCGCCAGCUAGCGGCGCUGGGGGGCGCCAGUGGGGCCGGGCCGCUGGUGGUGGCGCUGCAGGUGCGCGUGGUGGAGGCCGAACAGUUGUUCGCCGAGGUGACCGAGGUGGCCGCGCUGAGGCGUCAGUGGCUGCGGGACGCGCUCGCUGUGUACCGCAUGUUUGGCGAGGUCCACGCGUGCGAGCUGUGGAUCGGCGAGAAGGAGCAAUGGCUGCUCGCCAUGCGGGUGCCUGAUUCGCUCGACGACGUCGAGGUGGUACAGCACCGCUUCGAGAGCCUGGACCAGGAGAUGAACAGUCUGAUGGGCCGUGUGCUGGACGUGAACCACACGGUGCAGGAGCUGGUUGAAGGAGGUCACCCCAGCUCGGACGAGGUGCGCUCCUGCCAGGACCACCUGAACAGCAGGUGGAACCGCAUUGUGGAGCUGGUAGAACAGCGCAAAGAGGAGAUGAGCGCGGUGCUGCUGGUGGAGAACCACGUGCUGGAGGUGGCCGAGGUGCGUGCCCAGGUGCGAGAGAAGCGGCGAGCGGUGGAGAGCGCGCCCCGGGCCGGCGGCGCCCUGCAAUGGCGCCUCAGCGGUCUAGAAGCCGCUUUGCAAGCGCUCGAGCCGCGCCAGGCGGCCCUUCAGGAGGAGGCAGAGCUCCUGGCUGCGCGCUUCCCUACCCAAGCCACGAGGCUGCAGCAGGGCGCGCAGGAGCUGGGUGCUGAGUGGGGCGCGCUGGCCGGCGCGGCUCAGGCCUGCGGCGAGGCACUGGCGGCGGCUGGGCGCCUCCAGCGUUUCCUGCACGAUUUGGACGCUUUCCUGGACUGGCUCGUGCGUGCCCAGGAGACAGCGGGUGGCAGCGAGGGGCCCCUGCCCAGCAGCCUGGAAGAGGCGGACGCACUGCUGGCACGCCACGCUGCGCUCAAGGAGGAGGUGGACCAGCGCGAGGAGGACUAUGCGCGCAUCGUGGCAGCCAGCGAGGCGCUCCUGGCAGCCGACGGCGCCGAGCUGGGCCCAGGCCUGGCACUGGACGAAUGGCUGCCACAUCUUGAACUCGGCUGGCACAAACUGCUCGGCCUGUGGGAGGCGCGUAGGGAGGCGCUGGUCCAGGCGCACAUCUACCAGCUCUUCUUGCGCGAUCUACGCCAGGCGCUGGCCGUGUUGCGCAACCAGGAGGUGGCGCUGUCAGGCGCGGAGCUCCCAGGCACCGUGGAAUCGGUGGAAGAGGCAAUAAAACGGCACCGGGAUUUUCUCACCACGAUGGAGCUGAACCAGCAAAAGAUGCAGGUGGCCGUGCAGGCUGCGGAGGCCCUGCUCAGGCAGGGCAACGCCUACGGGGAGCAGGCCCAGGAGGCCGUGGCCCGGCUGCUGGAGAAGAGCCAGGAAAACCAGCUUCGGGCCCACCAGUGGAUGCAGAAACUACACGACCAGCUUGGACUGCAGCACUUUCUCCGAGACUGCCACGAGCUGGAUGGCUGGAUCCAUGAGAAGAUGCUGAUGGCGAGGGAUGGCACUCGGGAGGACAGCCACAAGCUGCACAAGAGAUGGCUCCGGCACCAGGCAUUCAUGGCCGAGCUGGCUCAGAAUAAGGAGUGGCUGGAGAAGAUCGAGAGGGAGGGCCAGCAACUGAUGCAGGAGAAGCCGGAGCUGGCGGCCUCUGUGCGGAAGAAGCUGGGGGAGAUCCGGCAGUGCUGGGCGGAGCUGGAGAGCACGACCCAGGCCAAGGCGCGGCAGCUCUUCGAGGCCAGCAAAGCCGACCAGCUAGUGCAGAGCUUUGCUGAGCUGGACAAGAAGCUCCUCCACAUGGAAAGCCAGCUGCAAGACGUGGACCCUGGUGGGGACCUGGCCACCGUCAACAGCCAGCUCAAGAAGCUGCAGUCGAUGGAGUCCCAGGUGGAGGAGUGGUACCGCGAGGUGGGAGAGUUGCAAGCGCAGACCGCGGCGUUGCCGUUGGAGCCGGCGAGCAAGGAGCUGGUGGGCGAGCGGCAGAACGCGGUGGGCGAGCGCCUGGUGCGCCUGCUCGAGCCGCUGCAGGAGCGCCGCCGCCUGCUGCUGGCCUCCAAGGAGCUGCACCAGGUGGCGCACGACCUGGACGACGAGCUGGCGUGGGUUCAGGAGCGGCUGCCACUGGCCAUGCAGACGGAGCGGGGCAGCAGCUUGCAGGCUGUCCAGCAGCACAUCAAGAAGAACCAGGGUUUGCGGCGCGAGAUCCAGGCGCACGGGCCGCGCCUGGAGGAGGUGCUGGAGCGCGCGAGCGCGCUGGCAUCGCUGCGCAGCCCCGAGGCGGAGGCCGUGCGCCGCGGCCUGGAGCAGCUGCAGAGCGCCUGGGCCGGACUGCGGGAGGCGGCGGAGCGGCGGCAGCAGUCCCUGGACGCCGCCUUCCAGGUGGAGCAGUACUACUUCGACGUGGCUGAGGUGGAGGCGUGGCUGGGCGAGCAGGAGCUGCUCAUGAUGAGUGAGGACAAGGGCAAGGAUGAACAGAGCACCCUGCAGCUGCUCAAGAAGCACCUGCAGCUGGAGCAGGGCGUGGAGAACUACGAGGAAAGCAUCGCGCAGCUGUCGCGCCAGUGCCGGGCGCUGCUGGAGAUGGGGCACCCCGACAGCGAGCAGAUCAGCCGGCGGCAGUCUCAGGUGGACCGUCUGUACGUGGCGCUCAAGGAGCUGGGUGAGGAACGCAGGGUGGGCCUGGAGCAGCAGUACUGGCUGUACCAGCUCAGCCGCCAGGUGGAUGAGCUGGAGCACUGGAUUGCGGAGAAGGAGGUGGUGGCCGGCUCGCCUGAGCUGGGCCAGGACUUUGAGCAUGUCUCGGUGUUGCAGGAGAAAUUCUCAGAGUUCGCCAGCGAGACAGGCACAGCAGGGCGCGAGCGGCUGGCGGCCGUGAACCAGAUGGUGGAUGAGCUGAUCGAGUGUGGCCAUACGGCAGCGGCCACCAUGGCCGAGUGGAAGGACGGGCUGAACGAGGCAUGGGCCGAGCUGCUGGAGCUCAUGGGCACACGGGCCCAGCUGCUGGCCGCCUCUCGGGAGCUGCAUAAAUUCUUCAGCGAUGCCCGGGAGCUUCAAGGACAGAUUGAGGAGAAGCGGAGGAGGCUGCCCCGCCUCACCGCUCCACCCGAGCCGAGACCCAGUGCCAGCUCCAUGCAGCGUACCCUGCGAGCCUUUGAGCAUGACCUGCAGCUCCUCGUGUCCCAGGUCCGGCAGCUGCAGGAGGGGGCGGCCCAGCUGCGGACCGUGUAUGCGGGUGAGCACGCUGAGGCCAUCGCCAGCCGGGAGCAGGAGGUGCUGCAGGGCUGGAAGGAACUGCUGGCAGCCUGCGAGGACGCCCGCCUGCAUGUCAGCUCCACGGCCGAUGCCCUACGCUUCCACAGCCAGGCCCGAGAUCUGCUCUCCUGGAUGGAUGGCAUCGCAGGCCAGAUCGGGGCAGCCGACAAGCCCAGGGACGUGUCGUCAGUGGAGGUGCUCAUGAACUAUCACCAGGGCCUGAAGACCGAGCUGGAGGCAAGGGUGCCUGAGCUGACUGCCUGCCAGGAGCUGGGACGCUCUCUGCUGCUCAACAAGAGCGCCAUGGCUGACGAGAUCCAGGCACAGCUGGACAAACUGGCAACCAGGAAGGAGGAAGUGUCGGACAAGUGGGACCGCCAUUGGGAGUGGCUGCAGCAGAUGCUGGAGGUGCACCAGUUUGCCCAGGAGGCCGUCGUGGCGGACGCCUGGCUGACAGCCCAGGAGCCGCUCCUGCAGAGCCGGGAGCUGGGCAGCAGCGUGGACGAGGUGGAGCAGCUCAUCCGGCGACACGAGGCCUUCCGAAAAGCAGCUGCAGCCUGGGAAGAAAGGUUCAGCUCCCUGCGGCGCCUGACCACGAUUGAGAAGCUCAAGGCGGAACAGAGCAAGCAGCCACCCACCCCGCUGCUGGGGCGCAAGUUCUUCGGGGACCCCACGGAACUGGCAGCCAAGGCGGCGCCCCUGCUGCGGCCAGGGGGCUACGAGCGGGGCUUGGAGCCCUUGGCCCGCCGGGCCUCGGACACGCUGUCGGCCGAGGUGCGGACCCGGGUGGGGUACGUGCGCCAGGAGCUCAAACCCGAGCGCCUGCAGCCGCGCAUCGACCGGCUGCCCGAGGUCCCGGGCAGAGCCGAGCUGGUGGCCCCGCCGGCUGCACCGGCUGCACCGGAGGACGCGGCGGAGACCCCCGGGACCCCUGUGGCGGCGGCGCCUGCGGAGCAGGUCAGGACCCGGCCGGAGCGCCAGGAGUCGGCUGAUCGCGCGGAGGAGCUGCCCCGGAGGCGGCGGACGGAGCGCCAGGAGUCUGCCGAUCAACCCGAGGAGACUGCACGGAGGCGGCGGCCCGAGCGCCAGGAGUCGGCGGAGCACGAGGCGGCGCACAGCCUCACGCUGGGCCGCUACGAGCAGAUGGAGCGGCGGCGGGAGCGGCGGGAGCGGCGGUUGGAGCGGCAGGAGUCUAGCGAGCAGGAGACACCGGCCAGAGGAGACCUGACCAAGGGGAAGGCCACCCUGGCUGACAUUGUGGAGCAGCUGCAGGAGAAAGAGGCAGGCCCAGGGCUCCCUGCUGGGGUGUCGUCGCUGCCUCAGCCUCGGGAGCUUCCCCCUGGCCGUCUGCCCAACGGGCUUGAGCCGCCGGAGCGGACACCACGGCCAGAUCGGCCGCGGGCGCGGGACAGGCCCAAGCCGCGCCGGCGGCCGCGGCCCCGAGAGGGUGGUGAGGGCGGGGGAAGCCGGCGUUCGCGCUCCGCCCCCGCCCAGGGCGGCUCCGCCCCUGCGCCACCGCCACCGCCCACUCACACAGUGCAGCACGAGGGCUUCCUGCUACGCAAGCGCGAGCUCGACGCUAACCGCAAGUCAUCCAACCGGUCGUGGGUGAGCCUGUACUGCGUACUCAGCAAAGGGGAGCUGGGCUUCUACAAGGAUGCCAAAGGCCCGGCAUCCGGGGGCACCCAUGGCGGGGAGCCACUGCUCAGCUUGCACAAGGCCACGAGCGAGGUGGCUAGUGACUACAAGAAGAAGAAACAUGUCUUCAAGCUCCAGACCCAGGAUGGCAGUGAGUUUUUGCUGCAGGCUAAAGAUGAGGAGGAGAUGAACGGUUGGCUGGAGGCGGUCGCUGCCUCGGUGGCAGAACACGCAGAGAUUGCCCGCUGGGGACAGACACUACCCACCACCUCCUCCACGGAUGAAGGCAACCCCAAGCGUGAGGGAGGGGAGCGCAGGGCCAGUGGGCGCAGGAAGUGACUCCCCUAACCCCAGGUCCCGGCGAGUCUCCCUGCCCCUUUUCUCUGCACUGUGGGCACAAAGACACUUUCUCUUCUGCAAGGGUCAGAGCCCCUAUCCAACACUGCGGACUCACAGGACGGGCACUGGAAAGGAGGGGACUUCUCCUGCACCCCAACAAGUGGUGGGGAGAUUGCUGCCCCUAUAGCCAUAUCUCGGCCCCUUCCCGCUCGCCACCCCCCACCCCAGGUGCUGGGGCUCCAUUAUUUUUAUGCAAUAAUUGAGCUUAGUGGGGGCGGGCAGGGGGCCAGUUGAGCCAAGCCCCCUGCCCCAUCGGCAGAUCCUGUCCCAAGAAGCCGGGGUGGUGGGGGCGUUAAUUCCUGGCCUCCUCUCUGCCCUAAGGAUGGGCACGGGGGCGCUGGUGAGGUCCCCUGGACCAUCCAGGGUGCUAGGAGGUGGGGAGGGGACACUCCCUCCCCGCCUUUACCUCACUUCCAAUGCUGCCUUGAUCUCUGUCUGGAUGGGGGAGGGGCCCUAGCCUCUGCACUCCGCCGCCUCGGAGCCAUGUGGUUAAUUCCUGAUUUAGUUUAUUUUUGCAAAAGGUAGACUUCCCCCUCCCCCGCCCCGCAUCCGCGAAGGCUUUUAAUGGGAGGGGCGUCAAAGCUCAGAACUGUCUUCCUCUCUCCUCCCCCCUCCAACUGUAAAUGCCCCUUCACGAGGGGAGGGGUGAGGGGAAGCCCUCCCUUGCACCCCUGCAUGCUUCUGGCUGGAGCAUCUCCCUGAGGAGUGGAGGAAGCGGGUCGUGGACAGUCCCCAUGGCUGCCUGGAGAAGCCGCUGGGGCCCGGGGGUGUGGGGCGGUGUGGCGGGCGCACACUGUAUGUACCUAUAAUAAACCCCUUGGCUUUGACGGUCUACAUU